GUAACACUGCCUCCCAGUCUCAGCUGCCUCUCUCUCUCUCUCCUUCUUACUCGAUCUCUCUCUCUCUCUCUCUCUCUCUCUCUCUCUCUCUCCUUCCUACUCAAUCUCUCGCUGCCCUACCUACUUUCCUUCCUCUCAUUACAUUGCCUGUCCUGUCUGAGGGAUGCUGUGUUGGGAGAAGGGAAUGUGAUGGGUAGUGGUUCAGGUAGGGCCACGAGCCACAUGAAGACGUCAGCAAGCGAGAGGAGAGAGAGAGCUGGUUCUGUUUCUCUAGAGACGGAUCCGUCCUGGCCGUCUGUCUGCUGCCAGACUCCAUCUUCCUCCUGGAUACUACAACACUGGAUCACACCACUCAGGGAGGAGCAGCUUGGUCUGUUUUAUUUUCCCUGCUACCUAGCUAGCUAGCUAACGUUACUACCUCUGCUGCUGUCCUGAGAGAGAGCAUCAUCAUCACACCAUCACCACCCAGCCCUCCUCCCUGAUACUACAGAGAGGAGCUGUUUCCAGACCUGGUAGGAUACUAUACUACAGAGAGGAGCUGUUUCCAGACCUGAUAGGAUACUAUACUACAGAGAGGAGCUGUUUCCAGACCUGGUAGGAUACUAUACUACAGAGAGGAGCUGUUUCCAGACCUGGUAGGAUACUAUACUACAGAGAGGAGCUGUUUCCAGACCUGGUAGGAUACUAUACUACAGAGAGGAGCUGUUUCCAACCUGGUAGGAUACUAUACUACAGAGAGGAGCUGUUUCCAACCUGGUAGGACUUCCUCCUGCUAUCCUGCUCUAUAAGGAUAUCAGCCAGCUCCAUCGCAGCUCCCCAGCACCAUGGCUCAGGCUGCAUCUCAGAUCAAGAAGAGAGCGAUUGUGGACACCUCUGUUGAGGACGAGAAGCUUAAGAAGAGGAAGAUCAGACAAGCCCAACGGCAACUGAAGAAAAAGAUUGACAGUAAUGCCAGUUACUUGAGAGCAGCCCGGGCAGGGAACCUAGAGAAGGCUUUGGAUUACCUGAAGACUGGGGUCGAAAUCAACAUCUGUAACCAGAAUGGCCUCAACGCCCUCCAUCUGGCCUCUAAAGAGGGCCAUGCCGAGGUGGUCACACAACUCAUCAAGCUGGGAGCCAAUGUGGACGCUGCAACUAAGAAAGGGAACACAGCUCUCCACAUAGCGUCUCUGGCUGGUCAGGUGGAUGUAGUGAAGGAGCUGGUGACCAGCGGAGCUAACAUCAACGCACAAUCUCAGAAUGGCUUCACUCCUCUGUACAUGGCUGCUCAGGAGAAUCAUCAGAAGGUGGUCAGAUACCUGCUGGACCAUGGCUCCACACAGGGCAUCGCUACAGAGGAUGGCUUCACGCCCCUGGCGGUGGCGUUGCAGCAGGGACAUGAACAGGUGGUCUCUCUGCUCCUGGAGAAUGACACUAAAGGAAAGGUCCGGCUCCCGGCGCUCCACAUCGCCGCACGGAAGGACGACACUAAGGCUGCUGCCCUGCUGCUCCAGAUCGACCACAACGCAGAUGUCGAGUCCAAGAUGAUGGUGAAUAGGACCACAGAGAGUGGCUUUACUCCGCUGCACAUUGCUGCUCACUACGGCAACAUCAACGUGGCAACGCUCCUCCUCAACCGCGGCGCCGCCGUGGACUUCAAGGCCAGGAAUGACAUCACACCGCUGCAUGUGGCUUCUAAGAGAGGGAAUGGCAACAUGGUGAAAGUUCUGCUGGAGAGGGGAGGCACGAUAGACGCUAGGACUAAGGACGGUCUGACCCCUCUCCACUGUGGCGCCAGGAGCGGACAUGAACAGGUGCUGGAGAUGCUGCUAGACAGAGGAGCACCCAUCCUGUCCAAAACUAAGAACGGUCUGUCUCCCCUCCACAUGGCCACCCAAGGGGACCAUCUGAACUGUGUUCAGCUCCUGCUACACCACGAGGUUCCUGUUGAUGAUGUCACCAACGACUAUCUGACGGCCCUGCAUGUCGCCGCCCACUGCGGACACUACAAGGUCGCAAAGGUCAUUGUGGACAAGAAGGCCAAUCCCAACGCUAAAGCACUGAAUGGUUUCACUCCGCUCCACAUCGCCUGCAAGAAGAACAGAAUCAAAGUGAUGGAACUGCUGCUGAAACACGGAGCGUCCAUACAGGCAGUGACCGAGUCGGGUCUCACUCCGAUCCAUGUGGCGGCUUUCAUGGGACACGAUAACAUCGUCACUCAGCUGACGAAUCAUGGAGCUUCGCCAAACACAACUAAUGUGAGGGGAGAGACUGCGCUCCACAUGGCAGCGAGGGCCGGCCAGGCUGGCGUGGUCAAAUACCUGGUUCAGAGCGGAGCCAGAGUGGAGGUCAAGGCCAAGGACAACCAGACCCCGCUCCACAUCUCCAGUCGUCUGGGGAAGCCUGACAUCGUGCUGUAUCUGCUGCAGAAUGGGGCGUGUCCUGACGCCACUACCACCUCUGGCUACACCCCCCUACACCUGGCUGCCAAAGAGGGACACAGAGACGUCUCCUCAGUCCUCCUAGACCAGGGGGCUUCUCCAGACAUCACUACCAAGAAAGGCUUCACUCCCCUCCAUGUUGCAGCUAAUAUGGGAAGAUGGAAGUGGCCAACCUUCUGCUGCAGAGACACACUGCGCCCGAUGCAGCUGGGAAGGUACCGUAGUCACCAUGGAACAGGGAUGAGCUAG